UGAAAACUCCACAGCUCACGUUCACUCCCCGUCGACCUGAUCGAGUUAGUUACAAGCCGGUUGCAGCGCCCGCGCCCCGCUGCCGUCCAGGACCGAACAGGAGCCAGCCAUCGCCACCGGCCAUGUCCGGCGACGUGUCGAGCGACGACACCGACCAGCUGCGGGCGUGCCGGGAGGCGGCGCGGCGGCGGCUGCUGCGCGAGCACGUGGGGACGAUCGUGCGCGCCAUCCGAGCGCCUCUGGCUGACGUGCUCCGGGAGCACGCGCUAGUGCACCUCCCGCCCGCCGCCGCCGCGCGCCUCCGCCUCGUGCACCCGUCCUGGGCGCACUCGCUCGCGUCCCCGCUCUUCGCCGUCGCGCACGCCGCCGCCACGCGCCGGAUCUCGGGGCUCUUCGCGCCCUCCACGGGGCUCCUCCCCUUCGACGGCGCGGACACGGUGCCGUCCCCGUCGCUCGCCUUCCUGCCCACGUCGUCGGGCCUCACAGUGCUGUCCUCGUCGCACGGGCUCGCGUGCUGCUUCUCCCUUGCCGACGACGCCUACUUCGUGUGCAACCCAGCCACAGCGUCCUGGGCGGGCGUCCCGUCCCCGCCGCACCGGACCUUGCCGCGACCCGCGAUCGUCGUCGUCUUCGACGCGAGCGUAUGCAACUUCCGCGGCGACUACACGCUCGUCUGCGCCUUCGAGUCGGCGCCGGGCUCCGGCACAUACUGCUUCGCGGUGUUCACGUCCGGGACCGGUGCGUGGUGGGUCGCCGACGCGGUAGCGCCCGCAGAGGGGCUCGUCCCCGCGUCAGGUGUGGCGGCCGGCGGGACGGCGUGGUGGCGGACGAGCAUCGGAACGGCGGUUGGGUACAACCCGGUCACGGGCCGCGUCGAGCUCGUGAUGUGCCCGAGCGACAGCGGCCAGUGGGAGAUCGGCUCGGCUGCGGGCAGGCUCCACUGCGCAGUGCGCGACGACGGUGACGUCGUGGUGUUUCGGCUAGAUGGGCACGGUGGGUGGGAGGAGGCCGCAAGGGUGGCCGUCGCGGAUAUACUGGAAUAUCGGCAGCCGGAGCCCGCGCACGAGCAGACCGAGGCCGAGGCUGGCGACGAGGCGGAGGAGACAGAGGAGGAGCACGCGCGGGCUAUUGUUGCCGUGGCAAACAGAGUACAUGUGCCGGACGACGACGUGCAGAUGCUGCCGUUCCAGGGCGCGCAGGUAGAGGUGGUGGUGCUGGCCGGCAGGCGCGUGGUGGCAUUCGACACGGUGACGCGGCGGCGGCGCGAGGCCGCCCUGCCGGAUCAGCCGGGCAUGGAACGGAGCGACGCGGUGUACGCCGCGCACACCAACACGCUCGCGCUGGUCGCGCCCUUGGUGCUCACCGGCGAGCCGGCACCGGUGACGGAUCCGCUGGACGAUCGGGACAAGGCCCCAUUUUCAUGAGCAAAUUUUAGUGGACCGCGCUCGUACACAGAUGCUUGCUUUGUUGCUUCGAUCGUGAGAAUAAUAAAGCUUGUGCUUCUGCAUGUUUUGGUUAUACACUUUUGGGCAAAUU